AUGCGGCUAUCACUCUCAUCAGGCAUUGUGGUAAUUGGUCUGCUGACCAUUUCAGUUCUAGUGUUGAUUCUUUCUAUAGUUGGAUGGUACGUAUAUCGUAACCGUAUACUAUCGUAUACUCCAACAGGCAACGAACCGGUGAAGAAGAUAGAAGGAACCGUCGACAGGAGGUUGAAACCGGAUUUAAUCACACUCAAUUAUAAGAGUGAUGAUCAAACUGAUCAUGAAGAAGAAGGUUCAAAUUGUGAUGAAACUCGGGGUGUUCAAUGUGGGGUGUGCUUGAGAGGUUUAGAAAAUGAGCAACUCGUGAGGCAGCUGCCAAAAUGCAAGCACACCUUCCACGCACCUUGUAUUGACACUUGGCUUCACUCUCAUUAUGGCUGCCCCCUCUGCCGUACUCUCAUUGACCGCCUGCCUUCCGAUGAUGGCGUGGCAUUGGCUACACCUCCUGAUCAAGAGAAGAAUUCCCAGGAGGUGGCACCAGUAGACAAUAUCAGAAUUUCAAUGUUAUCUACCUCAAUCAUCUAG